UUAAAUUCUUCUAAUCCUAAAGCUGAGUCGUCAACAAAUGAAAGCUCCUUCAUCUACCAUCUCUCAAGGUUUUUUAUUUUGGCGGGAAAUGUGAUUCGAUUCUACCGCCCAUCCCCGGGGCUAAUAAAGAUGUUACCUUUUCAAGGUCUUACAGUUCAUUUUUUCUUUUCCGAUUACAACAUUAAAAAGCCUCUUUCUUUUUUGUUCACUGACGCUUCAAUGGCGACGGAGUACGAGCGGAAGAGAUUGGAGAACAUAAGAAGGAACGGUGAGAUGAUGGCUGCUCUUAAUGUCCAUGCCAAAGCUUCUUCUCUUCACUCCGUCGCAACCAAACCCACUCGCGAAGACGUGAAGAAGAGUACCAAACCCACCACAGUCAUCCGCAAGUCUAAACGCACCAGAGGCUUGACUCCAGAUACCGCUGGUUUACCCUCUAAUACCAAACGUACCCACAACACAAGGCCUCUUCACAAGGCAUCAUCAACUCCUAUGCCAUUCGAUGUGGCUUAUGAAGGAGAGGAUGAUUCUCUUACGCAAUUUGUUGAUACUCUUUUGGGUGUUAUUUCCAGAGGAACUGUAGCGGUUAAGGAUGAUGAUAACGAGUCUCCUCCUAUGGUGAUGAGAAGUAGAACUAGUGGUGUUGUCAAUAAUAGAGAUGAGGCAGAUUUGCCCACUGGUUUUGGUCUGGAAUCUUUGAGCUUAGAGCCGCAUAAUGUAGCACGUGUUGUGCCUGGGAGAGUUUUGGUUGCAAAGUUCUUGCCUUGCCUUGAUGUUAAGAUGAUUGCUGCAGGGGACGCACAUGGGAGCGUUGGUUUUUGGAAUUUGGAUUGCCAGGGUGAUGAUGAUGAUGAUGGGAUCUACCUAUUCACCCCUCACACUAACGUAGUUACAUCUCUUGUGUUUCAGCAAAACUCUUUCUCUAGGGUUAUUACCAGCAGCUACGAUGGUCUUAUCCGGGUGAUGGAUGUUGAGAAAUUGGUUUUUGAUUCUGUUUGUUCCCGGGAUGAAUCUAUAUAUUCUCUCUCCCAGAGACCAAAUGAUGAGCAAAGCUUAUACUUUAGCGAGGGAAACGGAAUGUUCAAUCUAUGGGACCUCCGAGCCGGAAAGUCAGAUUUCCAUUGGGAGCUACAUGAACUCAGGAUUAACUCUGUAGACUUCAACCCGCAAAAUCCCAAUAUCAUGGCUACAAGCUCCUCAGAUGGAACUGCUUGCCUCUGGGACUUGAGAAGUAUGGGAGCCCAAAAACCGAAAACAUUGUCUACUGUAAAUCAUUCUAAGGCUGUGCACUCUGCUUAUUUCUCACCUUCUGGCCUUUCACUUGCAACUACAAGUUGUGACAACAAUGUUGGUAUUCUAAGUGGCCGCAAUUUCGAGGAUGCUUCGAUGAUAUAUCACAAAAAUAGCACUUUAAGGAACAUCUGCAAUUUCAGGGGAGUGUGGGGGUGGGAUGAUUCAUGUAUAAUAAUCGGAAAUAUGUCAAAAGGAAUUGAUGUGAUCUCUCCAGAACGAAAGCGAAUAGCGAUGUCACUGCAAAGCCCUCUGAUGAAAGCUAUUCCAAGCAGAAUUAAUUGCCAUCCUCUCAAUGUUGGGACGCUUGCAGGAUCCACAGCUGGAGGACAGGUCUAUGUUUGGACAGCAAACUAACUAGGCAUAAUAUUUUACCAUUUUCAAUCAUCACAAGGUCUUACAAAAUGUAUAAAGACUUGAGAAGAAUUGAGGUUCUUUUUGAAAAUGUAGUAGCUUUUUGGGUUUUGGAUGGGAGGUUUGUUUGUUUCCAAAACAAUCUCUUUUUUUAUCGUCUCUCCUUCAGCUCCAUUCGUGAGACCUGGUUGCUGCAAAAUGAUGCU